CUGACGUCACAGGAAGGUCCCGUUAGCGCGGGACGGUGUUGUUGCGAUGCAAUCCUGUUCAAAGUGAAAGAAGCCAAGGGAUUUCUGUGUAUGAGUCAUGUGUGUUUUUAAUACCUCCAGAAUUUUGCAUUUCUUUUGGAUCAAAUAAGAUACGAUAUGAAUCUUUAGGUAAACAAAAUGUCGUCAGUCGAAGAGGAGCUUCUGGAAACACUGGAUGAGCUGGAUGAAGGGAAACUUAAGAGAUUCAAGUGGUAUUUAAAUCAAAAUAACUCAGUUUCAGCUGAUGAUCUGGAGAAUGCAGAUGUCAUUGACACAAUGUAUAAGAUGGUGGAGAGUUUUGGACCAGAAGGAGCAGUGAUCAUCACACAGAACAUCCUGAAGAAGAUGAAACACAUUCAGAUAGCUAAACAGUUAGAGAAGGAAGUGCACAAUGAUAUGGCUCAGGUUAGAAGCCCUUCUCAAACUGGAGUUUGCGUUGAUGUCAUUGGUCAAAUGGGUGCAACUGUAAAUACUCCUGUAGUCGCUGGUAAUGUUAUCUCAGGACCAGUAACCUUCAACCUCAACACAAACACUCCUGAAGUCGGGCUACAAAAACCCUCACUGGAUGAGACAUGUGGGAAUCAUGUAGAAAAACACAAAAAGGGAGAUGUCCUGAAACUGCACAAAGCCAACAUGAAGGAGAAAACAGAACACAUUUUUGAGGGCAAAAAAGAAAACAAAACAGAGCUCAAGAAAGUGUUCACAGAGCUGUUUAUAGCCGAAGGGGAUAUAUCAGAUGUUAAUAACGAACAUGAGAUUAUACAAGUGGACAGGGCUUUCAAAACCCCCAAAUUUAAGGACACACCAAUCGAUUGCAAUGACAUCUUCUAUUUACUGAGACAAAAGAAAAAGGAAAACAUUGUGCUCACCAAAGGCAUCGCUGGCAUUGGAAAAACCUUCUCUGUGCACAAGUUCAUUUUGGACUGGGCUGAGGGAUGCGCCAAUCAGGAUGUAGAUGCAAUGUUCCUGUUUCCAUUCAGAGAGAUCAACUUGAUCAAAGAUAAACAGAUCAGUUUUCAUGAGUUUAUGCUUGAAUUUUAUCCCGAACUCGAAGGACUAAAGAAUGAAGAGUUAUAUAAAAGUUGUUCGCUUGCUUUUGUUUUUGACGGACUUGAUGAGAGUCGCCUUCCACUGAAUUUCAACUGCAGUCCAUUGACCUGUGUUAAUACAAAAUCAUCUGUUGAUGCCUUAUUUACAAACUUAGUUAAAGGUCAUCUGCUUCCAUCAGCUAUCAUCUGGAUAACAUCAAGACCAGCAGCAGCCAAUCAGUUGCCUCCUAAUUGUGUAGGUUUGUUCACAGAGGUGCGAGGAUUCAAUGACCGGCAGAAGGAGGAAUACUUCAGAAAGAGAAUCAAAGAUAAAACUCAAGCCUCUGAAAUUAUCAAACACAUUAAGACGUCUCAUAGUCUUUACAUCAUGUGCCACAUUCCUGUCUUCUGUUGGAUCGCCGCCACUGUACUUCAUGAAAUUCUCAUCAAGAACAAUGGGGAGGACAUUCCCACAACCCUCACUGAAAUGUACAUUCACUUCUUGCUGAUUCAGAUGAACAUGAAGAACCAAAAGUAUGAAGAAAAACAUGUAAGGGAACGUACAAAGCUGCUGGGCACAAACAAGGAGAUGAUUUUCAAGUUGGCCAAACUAGCAUUCGACCAGCUGAAGAAAGAAAAUAUCAUGUUCUACGAAGAAGAUCUGCAAGAAUGUGGCAUUGAUGUAAGUGAAGACUCUGAGAACACGGGAAUGAUCGCCGAGAUCUUUAAGAAAGACUCUGUGCUUCACGAGAUGAAGGUUUAUUACUUUGUACAUCUAAGUGUCCAGGAGUUUUUUGCUGCACUUUACAUAUUCCUCUGCUACCAAAGCAACAAUAUGGAAGAGCUCAGUUUGUUCCUUGGGAAAUUACGUCCCAAAAAAAACCUGCUGUAUGUUUUGCUGAAAAAAGCCAUUGAUUAUGCACGGGGAAACGAUAUGGGACAUUUUGAUCUCUUCCUUCGAUUCUUGCUGGGCAUUUCUCUUGAGUCCAAUCAGAAACGCCUCAAAGGCUUGGUGAUCCACAAGGAGGACGGUAAAAAGUGCAUCGCGAAAACAAUCCAGUACAUCAAGCAACUGCAGAACAACGACAAGUGCCCGGAUAAAUCCAUCAAUCACUUUUUCUGCAUCCUCGAGCUGCAGGACAGAUCUCUGUACCAUCAGAUCAGGAACUAUGUGAGUUCAGAAGCGGUCCAAAAGAUUGAGAUAUCCGCCUCAAACUGCUCAGCACUCGCCUAUGUGCUUAUGAUGUCAGAGGAAGUGCUGGAUGACUUUGAUGCAAAGAAGUUCAAUACGACAUACGCGGGACGAAGAAGACUGGUGCCAGUAAUAAGAUGUUGCAAAAGAGCUCUGUUUUCAGACUGUGGACUGACAGAAACAUGCUGUGAAAGAGUGGCUUCUGCUCUUCAGAUAGAGAACUGUCCUCUGAUAGAGCUCGAUCUGAGUGAUAACUUCAACAUUGCUGCAGGGGUGAAGCUGCUCUCCGCUGGACUGAAGAGUUCACACUGUAAACUAGAGAUACUGAGACUGAGCUGGUGUAAUCUCACUGAAAAGAGUUGUGAGAUGCUCUCUUCGAUUCUCUCCGCAAACUCAUGUCUGAGAGAUCUGGACCUGAGUAACAAUGAUCUGCAGGAUUCAGGAGUGAAGCUCAUCUCUGAUGCUCUCAAGAGUCCAGACUGUAAACUACACACACUGAGAUUAUCAGGUUGUAUGGUGACAGAUGAAGGUUGUUGUUAUUUGGCUUCAGCUCUGAGUUCAAACCCAUCAUCACACCUGAGAGAGCUGGAUCUGAGCUACAAUCACACACAACACUCAGGACGGCAGAUGCUCUCUCAGAGACUCAACAAACUCAUAACGGAACCUCAGGGUGAGUGUUUCAUCAAGCCAGGGAUAAGAAAGUAUACCUGCAAUCUCACGCUGGAUCCAGAUACGGCACACGUUCAUCUGUGUCUCUCUCCAGGAGAAAGACGUGUGACACACGUUGUACAGAAACAGCCGUACCCCGAUCAUCCAGACAGAUUUGAGUGUUAUCCUCAGGUUUUGUGUAGAGAGAGUCUGACUGGACGCUGCUAUUGGGAGGCUGAAUGGAGCGGUCCAGAGGCGGCAAUAGGGGUAACCUACAAACACAUUCUCAGGAAAAAGGAUGACCUUGGUAUGGUGGAGGCAACCCCAGAGCUUGGAAACAAUGAUGUUUCAUGGAAACUGACCUGUGGAGUGAGACCAUAUGUUUCUCACGAUCAAAAAGACAUUAAAAUACAGAUCCCAACUUCUCGUUUCUCUAGAGCCGGAGUGUUUUUGGACACGGAGGCCGGCAGACUGUCCUUUUACAGUGUUUCUGACACACACACACUUACAAAUCUGUACACAUUCCUUGAUUCUUUUAAAGAACCUCUCUAUGCUGGAUUUAAGUUGGACAGUGGCACUUUGUCCUUGUGUCAGCUGAAGUAACACAGAUAGCAAGGAACAAGGCAGAAACCAUUGAAUCAAUGUUGAAAAUUGUUACUUUGUUGAUGUUAAUAAUUGUCAAUAUCUCUCUUUUGCACCCUACAUUAGGGGUAAUAGCAUGAAAAUCAGACUUUUUUCCAUGUUUAAUGCUUUAAUUGGGUCCCCAGUGCUUUUAUCAAUCUAGAAAACUUGAAAAAGGUCAACCCAGUAACUUUGUUUUUGUAAACCAUUCUCUGCAAGCAUGUGAAAAAAUAGGUUAUUCUUGUUCUUCUUCCUUUAUUUCUUAACGCUAUAAAUAGGUUGUUCAUAUUCGGCUGUUUUUUGAGGU